UAUUAUAUUAUACACUUUUUCUUUCAACACCCUCAGAAAAUCUAAUGUCACAGGCGAGCAUUGAAAAAUAUGAGGCAUUAUCAGAUUUUUUCAAGAAAUUUUACAUUCCAUCGUACGUUCUCUCGCCUGAAGCCGAGGCUGUGGCGGUGCCAAGUACUCCACCUGAGAGCCCGAUUCUCGUAUUUAUCAACUCCAAAAGUGGUGGUCAACUCGGUGGAGAACUCAUUCUUACCUACCGUUCUCUUCUCAACGACAAGCAGGUUUUCGAUCUUAACGUAGAGACUCCGGAUAAGGUGCUACAGAGGAUCUAUCUUAACCUAGAGAGGCUAAAGCACGAUGCUCUGGCUUGCAAGAUUAAGGAAAAGUUGAAAAUAAUUGUUGCAGGGGGGGAUGGCACAGCUAGUUGGCUCCUUGGAGUUGUUUGUGAUCUUGAGUUAUCCAAUCCACCUCCAAUUGCUACUAUCCCCUUGGGUACAGGAAAUAACCUUCCAUUUGCAUUUGGAUGGGGUAAGAAAAAUCCUGGAACAGAUACGUCUUCUGCGGAGUCAUUUUUGGCUCAAGUGAUUAAGGCCAAAGAGAUGAAGAUAGACAAUUGGCACGUACUUAUGCGGAUGAAGUCUCCCAGAAAAGGCUCUGGUGAUUCUAUCGAGCUACCACCUUCUCUACAUGCAUUUCGUCGUGCUUCUCCAUCAGAUCAAGCAAAUAUGGAAGGUUACCACACAUUUCGUGGGGGAUUCUGGAAUUACUUUAGCUUGGGGAUGGAUGCUCAAACAUCUUAUGAGUUUCAUUCUCAGAGAAAAUUACAUCCUGAAAAUUUUAAAAAUCAGCUAGUCAAUCAGAGCAGAUAUUUAAAGCUUGCUUGCAAACAAGGGUGGUUUUGUGCCUCUCUUCUUCACCCUUUUUCACAUAACAUAGCUCAGCUAGCACAAGUUAAGAUUUGUGACAAAAGUGGCCAGUGGAACGACCUUCACAUUCCCCAAAGCAUCAGGUCCAUCGUAUGUUUGAAUCUUCCUAGCUUUUCUGGAGGACUAAAUCCUUGGGGAGCACCAAAUCCCAAGAAACAAUAUGAUAGAAGCCUGACUCUACCAUUCGUAGAUGAUGGACUCAUCGAAAUCGUUGGUUUUAGAAAUGCUUGGCAUGGUCUUGUUCUCCUCGCUCCAAAGGGUCAUGGAACAAGACUUGCUCAGGCAAAUCGGAUUAGGUUUGAAUUUAAGAAAGGUGCAGCCAAGCAUGCAUACAUGAGAAUGGAUGGAGAGCCUUGGAAACAACCACUGCCUCUUGAUGAUGAAACUGUCAUAUUAGAGAUUUCACAUCAUGGUCAGGUGAACAUGCUUACAACUGAAAAUUGCAUGUCCAAAAGCAUGUAUGAGUCUUCACCCAAAGUCCGGUUUAGCGAUGAUGGAACUGAAGAUGAACCAUUAGUGGCUAAUUGUGAGGAGUUUAGAAAGUUUGGUGCAGCUGAUACAUUUAAGAUUCCCAGUGAUGCUUUUCUUCCUAUUUCAGGAGGAUAA